AUGGUAGAGUUGUGUGGUAGCGGCCAAGCUUCUUCGGCCAUGGGAGUAAUGGGCAUCGGUUCGAUGGUGACCGCGGCGACAUCAUCAUCCUCUUCGUCGACUACCACGACUACAGGUGCCUCAUCCUCAGCGUCAGGACGUGCCGGCAUUCUCGAAACUCAAGUGCGCGGUCAGUGGUAUCGCGUAUUCGUUUCUUUGGAAGACGAUUAUCUCAGCAUUUCGCUCGAUGAGAGUUGUGAGACCGGUAACAACGCUCUGAACAACGGCAACAUCAACAAUAACAAUGUGGAUAGUUUGAACGAUCCGGAUGUGCCCGAUUCGGUAGCCAAUCAGAAGCGCGUUGUCCGUGUGGUCAAAAGUGACAACAAUGGCUUAGGAAUUUCGAUAAAGGGCGGCAAGGAGAACAAAAUGCCGAUCCUCAUCUCGAAGAUCUUUAAAGGCAUGGCAGCGGACGCUACUGAACAACUUUACGUCGGCGAUGCUAUUUUGGCGGUAAACGGCGAAGAUCUACGAGAAGCCACACACGAUGAGGCGGUAAAGGCAUUGAAGAGAGCCGGCAAGAUCGUCGAACUAGAAGGUAGGCGGUUGUUAUUUGCUCUUAAUAUCUAUAUUUUAAUCAAAGUAGAAUAUACGUAA